AAAAAAAAAGAAAAAAAAAAAAAUACUUCCUUAUAUAUACAUAUACAUAUUUUAAACAAAAAGAGGGAAAGGAAACUAGUUUUGCUAUAAGAUGAAGGGUAAUAAUAAUAAUAGUAAUAACCGGAAUAACCAGAAGUCCGGCAAUGGAAGCAAUAAUAGUAAUAACGGACAUCGUCGUUCUAAUUCCCGUUUCAAUGGGAAUUCUCAGCCUUCGUCUACUUCUUCAGAAUCAAACUUGAAUAAUGAACGUUUGCUAUUUUUGAUUUCAAAAUCAAUUGGCCAAACCGCAGUGGCUACCCUCACUUCUGGUGCUCGCUAUCAAGGAACCUUGUUAAGUAGUGAUAUAUCUGCUCUGGGCUCGGCUCCUUUAUCAGUCAUUUUAGCUAAGCCUGCCAUUGUAUCUAAAUCGAAAACUGAUGAAAAAACUAAGGCUGAUUCUAAUGACCUUCCCGAAAAAAUGGCUAUAGAUGCUGAAGACCUUAUUGAUUUAGAAGUAGCCGGAAUUAAUAUUGGUAAAGAUCAACUGUCUCAACAGAAUAAACCAGUCUCUCAACCUCAACCACAACAACAGAAAAGUCAACUGAAAUCUCCAAGUUAUGCUGCUGCCGCUGCUGCUGCUGCUCCACCACCUCAACCAGCCCCACCACCUCAAUCACAUCGUGCACAAAAUAAAUCUACGACCUCCAAUAAAUCCGAAAAUAAAUUCAAAACUGAUUCUGACAUCUCAUCGCAAUUUCAAUUCAGAGAACGUGAAUUACAAAGAUGGGUUCCCGAUGAUGAUGGGACGCAAACCGGGUUGGAUGAUGAAACGUUUGGUGAUCUUGGGAGCUCCUCCGGUUCUGGGGCUUGGGAUCAAUUCAAAGUUAACGAAGAAAAAUUUGGGGUCGAAUCUUCUUAUGAUGAGCAUUUAUAUACUACUCGUAUCAAUACUUCAGCUCCUGAUUUUAAAGAACGUGUUGAAAGAGCUGAACGUUUGGCAAGAGAAAUUGAAAGUCAAUCAACUACUGAUCGUCAUAUUUUAGAAGAAAGAGGUUUGGAAGUCGAUUACGGUGAUGAAGAUGAAGAAGAUAAAUAUUCAGGUGUUGAUAGAAGAGGUGAUGAAUUAAUGGCCGCUUUAAGAAAUGCUAGUAUCUCAAAUGAUUCUAGCUCCAAAAAUUUCGCCCCUGGUAAGUAUGUUCCUCCUAAACAUAGAGCUGCUCAAUAUCAUAAUGAUCCUGCAAUUGUUUCUAGUUCUGCUACUAAAAGACAAGCAGAAGCUGCUUCUGCUCAACAACAAUCUGAUAAUCAACAAUCAAAAGUUCCUGCCAAACCUGAUUCUACUUCAAGUCGUGCUCCUGCUGUUCCUACUAAGCCAAACUCUAUCCCUCCAAAACCUCCCGUUGCUAACCAACAUAACGAAUCUUUUAGAUUGAAUGCACAAAGUGAAAUUAAUUCAUUGAGAGAGUUUAGCGCUAAUUUUAAGAUUCCCCAUAAAAUGCCUACUGACUUAUUACCUAUAUUAGCCAAAGACAAAUUAAAACAAGAUGAGAUUUUGAAAAAACAACAAGAAACUCAAAGAAGAAAAGAACUUUUGGCUCAAGAAAAACAAAAACAGGAAGAGGCUAAAGAUUUAAAACAAAAAAGUCAAUCGUCAAUCCCUUCAAUUCCUCCAAAUCAAGCCCAAUCACAAAAAAGUCAACAUACAUCUCCAAGUCCAAAACAACAUUCUUCUCAACCUGCUACUCAGCAACCAACCCCUCAAGCUCAAAAGAAAAAAAUGGAUCCUACAAAGCCAGCUUUCAAACUUAAUCCUAAAGCUGCCGUCUUUACCCCAUCUCAAAAACAUAAUCAAUUAUCACCAAACCCUCCAAAAGCUCAAUAUCAAAGGUCCCCAAUCAAUCCGUCGCCACGUAUGAAUAACCAAAGACCAUAUAGUAGCGGUAGUGUUUCGAAUUCAUCAACAUCGGGCUCAUCCAAAAGACACUAUCAAAUUAAUCCAGUUGACUUCUUUGGUGGUGCAGAUAAAAUUCCAACAAAAGAAGGUCAGGAAGAAAAAAUAAAGAAAUUCAAAUCUUCAUUCAACAAUUUUGUCACUGCCCAAGUUAAACAUGAGGAUAAAUCAUCUCCCUUAUUCCUCGAGAAGUCUUUCCAAACUCCUCCAACUUGGACUUCAACUAUCGAUGGUGGUUAUGAAACUUUAUUCCCUUCACCUUCUGUCGCUGCUAAGCCAAUGGGUAAUAUGAUGCUUCCAGCUACUCCUUCAUUACCAUUUGUUCCAAAUGUAAUGAUGAAUCCAAAUCAUCCAGGUGCUGCAAAUCAUGGCUUACCAGGACCUGGUUAUCCAACUGCUCCAAAUGGUUCUAAGUUCCCGCUCUCGCCGCAACAGCAACAACAGCAACAACAACAGCAAGCUGCUGCUAUGGCACAUUUCCAACAACAACAAUUUCAUGCAGCAAUGCUCUACCAACAACAACAAUUCCAAGGUGGAAUCCCCCCAGGCCAACCUCCGGUGCCAAUGUAUAUGCCAGGUGCUGAAGCUUCUCCGUUCAUCCCUCCUGGUGGCUUUAUGAUGCCUCCUGGUGGUGCCUAUGUUGGUGGUGGAAGUCCAGUUAAUGUUAAUGCUAUGAUGUUUGGUGGUGCAGGUGGAAAUAGUCCUGCCCCAUACGGUGACAUGUCUUCACAUAAUUAUGGAAAUCAUAAUCAUGGGAAUGGAGGUAAUAGAAGAUUCAAUAACCACGGAGGCAAAAGGGGUAGCAAUAACUGAUUUUGCUUUUCUUAGUUAUAAAAAUAAGAAUAAAUCAUGUAUCAUAUGAUCAAAAGGAAUAAAACUUUAGAAAUAAACAAAAAUUAAAAAUUAAAGGUAAAUAAAAUAACAAAUAGCAAAGGUCAUAAAACAGACCGGUUUGAGGUUCAUUUAAGAUGGUAGUGAUGUUCAGAUUCUGAUGCGUACAGUUUGUCCUUGAUUUAUCAGCUUGACUAAAGACGCUUGUCAUGAAUAUCUAGUUUUAUUAACCUCAUCAUCCUUUGGUUCAUAAUAUAGAGACUUGUUUUUUUUGUUUUUUUUUUUGGCAAGAUUUGGUUAGCAUUAUCACAUUCUCAUUUCGUCUAGUUUUAUUGAC